AUGGCAGCGGAGGAACCCUUUGCAAAAUCCAAGACUGGCAUCAAGGUGAUCAUCGUCGGGGCAGGUUUUGGAGGUCUCACAGCGGCAAUAGAAUGUCAUCGUCAGGGCCACCAGGUUGAAAUAUACGAGUCCUUCCCGGUUCUCAAGCCUCUAGGGGACAUUAUAUCAUUUGGCUCAAAUGCUGGUCGGAUUUUUCGUCGAUGGGGUGUCGACGGCUCGAUAGCUAAGAAAAUGAGGACGUUAAGCAUCGACCUCGUAAAGCAUGGAUUCAAAAUCCACAAGUACACGGGUGAGCACAUCAUCACUCAACCAACCCCUCCAAUGGACCCCGACGCUCCAGUUUUCAACGGCCAUCGCGGAGAGUUGCAUGAGGUUAUCUUCAAUUAUGCCAGAGACGAUCUGAAGAUCCCUAUCCACCUCGGCCAACGAGUUGAGAAGUACUUCGAAGAAGACGACAAAGCUGGUGUUGAACUUGCGAAUGGUGAAAGAAUAUACGGCGACAUGGUAGUUGGAUCAGAUGGUGUGAGGUCGAAAGCACGAGAGCUUGUCCUAGGAUAUGUCGACAAGCCGAAGAGCAGUGGCUAUGCAGUCUUUCGCGCCUGGUUCCCCAAUACCGAUAUGAUCGCCGACCCUCGGACGAAGCAUUUCUGCGACAAUGGCGAUACAUUUCAAGGCUGGAUUGGACAAGAUGUUCACUUCCUUUUUUCGACCAUCAAGAACGGAAGUGACUGCUGUUGGGUGCUAACGCACAGAGACGAGGCAGAUAUCGACGAAUCCUGGUCAUUUCCCGGUAAGCUAGAGGAUGUGUACAAGGUAUUCGAGGGUUGGGAUCCUCUCUGCAAAACCAUUGUUUCGAAAACGCCAGAAAGUUAUCUUGUCGACUGGAAACUGGUGUACCGAGACCCACUUCCAACAUGGGUCAGCAAAGGCGGUCGCAUCGCCUUGCUAGGGGAUUCGGCACAUCCGUUCCUGCCGACUUCCGCUCAGGGUGCCACUCAGUCGAUGGAAGAUGGCGUGACUCUCGCGAUUUGUCUCAGGCGGGCUGGAAAGGGCCAGGUCCCAGACGCUGUCCGGACGUAUCAAAGAAUCAGGUACGACCGUGUGAAGGCAGUGCAGAAGACCGGAGAAACAACACGAGACAUGUGGCACAAGGCGGAUUGGGACAAGGUCAAGGAGAACCCCAAGUCCGUGCAGUUCCCACGUGAGGACUGGAUUCACAUGCAUGACGCCGAGAAACAUGCUGAGGAAGUCUUUGAUGAGAACUUUGCUGCAAUUCAGGCCGCGGAAAAGGGAAUGCCCGAAAAACUGGUGAGCGGGGUGGACACAAUUAAUGGUGUCAAUGGAGUGCACGGGGUGACUGCAGUAACUGAAGUGAAUGGUACUCACUGA